GUGUGUGUGUGUGUGUGUGUGUACUCGAGUAAUAUUUGAUUUUCUCAUUUGGACCGGUGCCACGACUGCACUCUGUGCAUGUGUUCAGAUGUGUGUCUGGUUCUUUUUGAGUUUGGAUGUCAACACUGAUCACCGCUGUGGUGUUUGUGGCAGCAGCGGUUGAACUUUCCUGUCCUGUGCCAGCGCUCGCUGCGGAACAUUGAUUCAUGCUGGCUCUGAGCUCUCGUGAUUGGACUGGGAGAGAGCCGACAGGUUUUGUGAUGGCGAAACUUGUCGGGCUUUGUUUGGGUUGUGUCACGACUCUGUCUCGCACGUUUUUUCCUCAGUCUGUUACCAUGGUAACGGUUUCAUUGGCAUGUUAAGUUCUCAAUGCUUUAUCUUUUACAACUUCAGCGCUAGCGUGUUGCAGUGUCUCAAGUUAUGCUUUUAACCGGACUCUAUGUUCAGUGUCGCCAGUAUUAGGAAAGAGUCGUGCCUUCAGACCUUACGAGGGUUCAAGGUGCUCACUCUGAAUCUUUAGUUCAUUCGGCCAAUCUCUAAAUCAGAGUUGCCAUAUCCAACAUCAGACGUAUCUUUUCACUGACCAUCAAAAUCAUUGAUUUAUGAUGUUUUAUAUUGAAAUGGUGUAGUUAAACUCAGGUUUUUCCAUUUGUGCUGGAGCUCAACUGCACUAAUUCAACAUCUAAUUUAGGACAAUGAGAUUAGCCAUUUCGGCUCACAUUAAUAAAAAUAUACAGUCUAGCCUAUUAACUACACCUGUGCUUGACAAUAAUCUCUCUAUGUGGUUGGCUUACUUGCCUUUGGUUUCACUUCAGACGAACAGGAACCUCUCAGCCUUUAGAUACAGUACAGCCACUGUUGGGUUGGCAACUCGUUCACUCAUGUGUACUGGUUUCUGAAACAACCCAUCAUAUCAAAACAGGGAUUUUGCCAUAUUCCUAACCGACAGGUGCUACACCCAAGCUAGGUUACCAUAGUGUCUUAAACUGUUAUAUUAUUUAAAUGUUUUUUUUUUUUUAUAGUUGGAUUUCUACUUUUCUGUACAGGUUCUCCUAAACACUGUGCUAUUUCUGUGCCAUGUUGUGUUGAGUCUGUUGACGUCUAUAAAGUCCAUGACACGAUGAGCGACUCUGUAAUACAGCCAAGUCUGGGACACUUCUGUGUAAGUGCACAAUAAAUAAAAUGAGCAAAGCUGUUUGGACUAUACUGAAUACAGUGAGCUCUGCAGCACUAAACUACUGGUUCUGUGCCAUGUCGUCGUGAUACGGUUUACGAACUUCUCGUCUCGUAACUUACUGCGCUUUGUCAACCAGGUCUGAGUGGUUCUCUUUACAGGUCCUCUGUGAGGAAUCUCUCCAUAAGAAUGGCCCAAUAGCACCACUAAUGUGGCGCUUUGUAGAUGCAGUGGAGUGCACAUAAAUCCCUCGGGUCUCUCGGGUCUUUUCGCACUCCAACCGAGAUAAUAGGGCCGCAUCGUUGUCUUUGACUGCCAGUCACAUCUGUAGGAACAACUUGGGAUGUCUCGCAUUUGUUCAUGUACAUCUGAGGCAAGACACUCUGUCCUUCUGAAGCCCUGAGGCUUCUUUGUGGUCACACACUGGUGCUAAAGAGUAAAAAACCAAUCAGAAACAGCUGAAUGGACAAAGUAAACCACAACAAUAGAAGCUCAAGGUGUUUUUGUGGUUGCUAAUGUAAAAUAUAUGCGGUGAAAACCAUUGUACAUGGAACAAGAGUGGAUUUGGUCCAAGUCGGCUGGACUUGGCUAUAAACUGGCAUUCAUAACACCAGUAGAAACUGUUAAUGGUCUAUAUAUGCCAAUCAUUUGUGAGGUUUAGAGUUACCCUGGUCUGUUAGCUCAGAACUGUUAGAGGUUACAAGACUGUUGGCUCUCUAUCAGAGGUUUUAAAGUGCUUUACACUAGGGAUGCGCAUUGGUGUGGUUAAAUUCGCUGUUUGACUUUGCUAAGUGAUGUUUAGAGGGUAGGUUUUCACUCAGGAAACAGAUCUAUAAAGAACUGCUCAAUCCAAGACUGUUUGCCUGAUUUUAAGGUGUCAUUUAGGCUAAUGAGCAUCUGAUUGAUUUUCCAGUUAGCGUCUAAUGAGCAGAUCUCUGGAGGCGGUACUUCAGAUUUGGCCAAUCGGGCCUCAUUACCGUCACCCUGACAGUGCUGGAACGUGCUUGUUUUAGGAACAUCAUAGUUCCCUUGCGGCUGUAUUGUUACACUUUAACUUCUUCACAGAUCACACCAACCAAUCAGUAUCAGUUCUCUAAAUGGUGCUCGAACCCAUGUUAUCUUCUAUACAGCCAUAUUUAACUUUGGCAUAACUGCUUCAGGGCUUUCUGAGUCAUUUGUCCUUUUCUAAAUCAUAUUUCUACAAACUGUUGUUUAUCAGGGUUACUUAUCCGUGUAUAUAAUCAAAUCAUUUGUUCCUGAGUUUGUUGAUUCAGUGAAUUAUUGCGCUAAUUUGAAGAUUGCAAAGAGGCUCUCAGGUGUUUUUUUGUUGUUGUUUUUUUAAAGGAGAAUAGGAGUAGCAGGACAGCCUGGAGAACGGGAAAGAAGACGUGGGAGGGGGUGCGGGGGAGCGAGAGAUUAUCUGGAAGAAGAGAGCGAGCGUGUUGGAGAGGGAGAGCGAGCUGGAGAGGCAGAAGCUGGAGGAGGAGAGGAGGAACACUGUGGGACACACGGUGUGGAGGCUGAGGGAGGGAUUCCAGGAGAGGAAGGAUAGAGAGGAGGAUAGAAUUAAAGGGACGAGCGCAGAGGGCACGAAAGCAGCGCAGCCGGAGGUGAUCUGGAAAAGACGUGAGGAAGAGGAGGAGAAAGAUAGGGAUAGAGCUCGGCUUGGCGACAGAGGUCCCACAAUCAUCUGGAGGAAGAGGGAAAGGGAGUGACAGGAAAAGAUGGGGAUGUGUCAGCUCUAAGCUCUUUCAGAUGUGUGACAGGAUGUGAGGUGCAGAUUUAGACUUAUGGUACAAAUAAACCUGCAUGUACUCAGACUUCAUGUAAUCUAGGUGCUAGAUAGUGUAUAUUAGGUCCCCUUUUUAUAUAUUGUAUGAAAUUAAGUGUUGAAUUUAAGUCUGGCGUAUAGUAAAAUCUGUAUAGUAUCAUAUUAAUAUAUUUAUAUAUAUGAUGCUUAAAACCCAUUAAAAUAAUCAUUAUUAUGUACAGAAUCAAAAACUCGUAUGUUACAUUUCAGUUUUAUUUAUUAAUAAUGUUGAAGGAAAAAUGAAACAUUUAGCUGCACUUUAGCUUCUGAACUUCAGAUUUAGCUUAAUAUUGUAUGCAAAAUUUCAUUUUUCCCCCCACAAAAAUAGGAUAGUUUCAAAAUAAAUUGAUGAUUAACAGACCUCCUAAAGGUCAGUGUACCCCUUGUUGUAGAUCCCUGGUGUAAAUUUUUUAACACCUGGACUAAAUUAAGUCUUUAUACCAAACGAUGAGGAUUAUGUUGAUUGGCGCCCGUCUAAUCAUCACUGAGCGCAGCAGUUUGAAUCAUCAUUAAAUGAUCCACAUUCACUGGAUCAGUACUUUUAGCAUUUUCCAUCCAUCUCUUCCCGCUCUCUUCCUCUCUCACUCUAUCGAUCCGUCUGUCUGACGGAAGCCUCCUCUCUCAAAGUCUCAGCUGCAGAUAAUAGGCUUUUUAUGGGAGUCUGUCAGACAAGAGUUAGUAGAGUGGAGCCCAGCACAUGCAAAGAGAAAUGAACACGCACGUAAACACACUCGCAUGCAUAUAAAACACAAUAGCACUCUCUUUCACACAUCUACCAAGACGGAUUGUGUCUGGAGCACUUAUGUAUGACUAUACCAAUAACUUCAUGACAGUCAUACUAUAUUUAGUAAUUCAUGGUGUCCUGAGAAGCUCUAUGCAGACUUAAGAUCUGAUGCAAAACCUAAACGCUGUGUAUGACAACAGCAGAAAACUUUAUUACUUUUCUGCAUCUGUCUUUUCGUCUCUUUUCGCAUCCUGUUUUUGAUACUUUCCGGACUGAACGGUCAGCACACUGUCAUCUCUCUGGUGCGAUGAUGAAGGAAUCGGUAGAUGCAGAGAAAAAGAGGACUUUAAAAGACAAGGGAAAACAAGUUAUCGAUUGCGAUAGAGCGACGUGGAGAGACAAUUAAGGACGUUUAGUGGACACUGAGACGGCUGAGACAUCAUGGAGCUCGUCCCCAAAACCAAAUACACGCACUUCAGGAGCGACUCCUUCAGCUCAACAGACGAGACGGCGUCCAAUCCCUCUCUCCCUUCUUCUGCUCCUCUCACCCCUCUCACCCCUCCUGGCAUCCCUCCUUCUCUCUCCUCCUCGUCCCUCACUCCCAUCCUCCCCCCUUCGUCUCCACGGCAGGCUGAAAACAGCCCCACCACCCUCUGCUCCUUUUUCCCCAGGAUGGGAGCCCUGCGGCUGGGUGUGUCUUCCGCUCUGCUCCCAGGCCUGAAGGCCUCCAGCAGGCCGGCUAGCGUGCCUGGUGGUCAGGGAGGUUUGGGAGAGUCUCCGGAAGACACUCGGACCUCCACCGCCAACUCUUCUCCUCCUCCUCCUCUUCCUCUCCUUUCUCUAACAGCCCCAUCUCCUCCUCCUCGUCCCCCACAGGAUAUGAACCGGCUGGGUGGGGCCUCGCGGAGGGCCCGUGUGGAAGGGAGCCAGCUCGGCGGAGAUGAGUGGACGCGGCACGGAUCCUUCGUCAACAAGCCCACCCGAGGCUGGCUGCACUCGGACAAUGUGGUCAGCACAUCUGGGGUCUCCUACACUGUCAGGUAUAUGGGCUGCGUGGAGGUGCUGCAGUCAAUGAGAGCACUGGACUUCAACACCAGAACUCAGGUUACCAGAGAGGCAAUAUCAGUGGUGUGUGAGGCAGUACCAGGUGCCAAAGGAGCUCAGCGAAGGAGAAAGCCCUCCUCUCGUUGUCUCUCCUCUAUCUUAGGGAAGAGUAAUCUCCAGUUUGCAGGAAUGACAAUCAGCCUCACCGUGUCGACCAGCAGUCUGAACCUACUGGCAAUCGACUGCAAACAGAUUAUUGCCAACCAUCACAUGCAGUCCAUCUCUUUUGCAUCAGGAGGAGAUCCAGAUACAGCAGAGUAUGUUGCCUACGUCGCCAAAGACCCUGUCAAUCAGAGAGCAUGUCAUAUCCUGGAAUGCUCAGAGGGCUUGGCUCAGGAGGUCAUCAGCACCAUCGGCCAGGCUUUUGAACUCCGCUUUAAACAGUACCUGAAGAAUCCCCCCAAACUGGUUACCCCUCAUGAUCGGAUGGCUCCUUUCGAUGGGUCGGCCUGGGAGGAAGAGGAAGAGGACCUGCCUCCACCCCCAGAGGUUCCGUAUUACAAUAACUUCCCUGGAAAACAGCCUCCCCCUGGAGGCAUGGUGGACAUGAGGACCCGUCCUGGACACAGUACAGGAGCCACGCUGCCCUAUGGACAGCCCAGCCAGAACGAUAUUCACAAGCAGCCUCUGCCUCCGCUACCAGUGGGUGUUAAGGAGGGAGGAUUGUUUGAUGACCCCUCAUAUGUCAAUGUGGAUAAACCCCGCCUCCCAGCGGCAGCAGCCAAUGGAAAUGCUCACAGAGAUGCAUUUGAUAUGAAGCCAUUUGAUGCUGCUUUAGGCGUGUCGGGUACAGUGGCGCCCCCUCUGGCAGAGCAGCUGCAAAACGAGCCCUGGUUCCACGGACCUCUAAGCCGCAGGCAGGCCGAAAGACUCCUGACCAAGGAUGGAGACUUCCUGGUGCGGGAGUCAGGCACCACACCAGGCCAGUACGUCCUCACUGGACAGCAGGGCAGCCAACCUAAACACCUGCUUCUGGUGGAUCCAGAGGGAGUGGUGCGCACCAAAGACCACCGCUUCGAGAGCGUCAGUCACUUGAUUAGCUAUCACAUGGACAAUCGGCUGCCAAUCAUCUCGGCAGGAAGUGAGGUGUGUCUGCAGCAGCCAGUUGAUCGCCGAGCUUAAAAAAAAAAAAAAAGGCUGAUUUUUCUCCACCACACAUUUAAGAGAAAAAAAACUCCUCUCUUUCCUACUUUUUUGCCAGACUCUAUUAGAGAAAAACAUUUUUUUUCCAGUUGGGAGUGUAAGCUAAUCAUAUCUUCACAGAAACAUAGAAUUUUGUACCACAUCAACCACCGGCCAUGAAAUUGCAAAACGAUGCAAUCAUUCUAUUCAAGGACAAACGGACACGUCGCUUGAAAUAAGCGAAUACAAAAAGCCAAAUGACGAGGCGUUUGAAAGAGAAGCGGAUGCGUAAUGGAUGUGACAUCACUUCCCAAACACGACAUCAUGUCUUGAAUUAAGACUGGGGUGCACCUGUAACCAUGGCAACAGGCCCGGGCAUUCUUAGAGUCGAGAGUUGAUGUGAAUGUACUAAAAUUGCAGAAACUUUGUAGCACUCUAAAGAUUCACAUCUAGUGCAAUGGGCGAAAUCCAAAGAGUUUGUUUUCAGAGAGCAUUUUGUUGCGGUCGUUUGGAAAUCUUGCAUUGCCGUGGUGUCAAGACUGUCUGAUGAAUAUGCAAAACUUUAAAGAGAAUCCAGAGCUCAUUCUCACGAUCACCUUCCGCGUCUAAUGAAUCACAUCCGUAAUUCCCACCAGAAUAUCUCUCUCCCAGUGUUCCCACCAGGGGAUAACACACAAAAAUGCCUCUUAAUCUCAACCUCACAAUACACUUUAUAGAAUUCCGAACGUGAUCCCCAAGAAAAAUUGGGAAUUUUGGUCAUUUGGGAAGACCCCUGAACAUAUGUGAAAGUUUUAGCGGCACGGAUGCUGUGUGGAUUUUUCCUUAUGCAAAUAAGCAGACGCUGUGAGGGACUUAACGCGGCCCAUUAUGAGAUACAACAAACUAGUCUGUGGAAAAAGGGAACGUUCCCUUUCCACAUAACAUCAUAUAUCAGCUUUGGACAAAAGGGACGAGAGAAAAAGUGCAAUCAGUGGACAUGGGCGCGUAAGCCUGAAUAGGACUGAAGGACUGUAGUUUGAGCUCAGAUUAUUAAAGCCUUCUUAUGAUGUCAUUUUAACUAAGCUUUUAUAUAUUUGUUGCAAUGAUGUCAUCUCGAUCAGCUGACGACAUCAUCAGGAUGGUUUUAUUCUGGGAAUUGGAGGUUCUAUUUUUCUUGUGGACGUUACUUCUGUUCGCAUUGACAAUCGAUCUUCACGUGUAUCGAGGUGUCAGUGCUUCUGUUUGUUCGGGAUCUUGAGUUACAAGAGAAAGUGUAAGGAGGCUAUGAUGUGUGUUAUAAAACAUGCGCCCUUUUCAAAGAUUCACUAUAAUCACUUUGCAUUUGAACAACAUAUAUUGCAAGGGGACACACCAACCAAGAAGAGGAAAAGCACACCAAAUGAAUUCUAAACGUGUCUUUGCAGCCACAAGUGCAGUUUCUGUUGAAGCCACAAACAGGAAACCACUUAUUUCAUCUUUGUUUGCUCUGAUAUUGAUUGUGCCUUUUUUACCAAACACAGACACAUCGAUAAAACACAGUCGCCUUUUGUGAUUCUAUGGGUAAUCAUGACACUUUCUUUUCUGAAAGAAAAAAAAACAAACAACUGUAAAGAUAAUCAACUGCAAAAACGACAAGUUUAGCGAGACUCAGUACAGGUCUUGGGAAAGCAGUCUUUGUUUUCUUCGGCACGUUAAUUCUGCUAUGCUGUUUUUACUGUGCUUAGUUUAGUGCUGGUCUGUGGGUUAAAUAAAAACUGUUAGUAUAGCGUUAAGUUGCUUAAUUAAACUUACAUGUGUGAAAAAACACCUUCUUUUAUCUGUCAUUUAGAAACCGACAUUAGAUGCCCUGCAAGAGAACAUGUAAAUAAGCUUUGCCUAUGCUAAUAGCUGUCUAAAACCAGUCAUUCACUGUGUGGAUCUGUGUCAAAUGAAUCCGUUGGGAAUUUGCAAACUCGCAGGAUUGUACUGGGUGAAAAAAACAUAAAGGUGUAAGAUUUGACAGGCUCUCCUGAAGACAACGCAA